AGGCGCCAGAGAGCGAGCCCAGCACACGCUGCGUGCCGCUGACGGCCCAGGGAGGUGAGGUGAAGCGAGGCGGCGAGCGCAGCAAGUGACUGCGAAGGAAUGGCCCAGCAACAGCCCGCCCUGGGGGGCUCCCCGCCGCCCGCGUACAUUCACACCCUGCCUGCCUGCGUGCUGGAGGAUUUCUGCCAGAAGAUGGACUGUCUGAACGACUCCGACUGGAUGCGCUUCGCCUCCUAUGUGAUAACUGAUCAGACAGAGCUGCGGAAAAUCAAGUGCAUGGAGAAGACGGGAAUCAGCAUAACGAGAGAGCUCAUGUGGUGGUGGGGAGUGAGGCUAGCAACAGUCCAACAGUUACUGGAACUUCUCCAAGCACUGCAGCUCUACCGAGCAGCACAAGUGAUUCUGGACUGGGUAUCAGUCUCUAAUAUUACUAAUCCUGCCAGAGUGCCAUUAGAGUCACCUAAACAGGAGAACAUACCCUGUUAUCCCACAGAAAACAAAAAUAAAGCCAAAGAAAAUGAGAUUGGACCAUCACCAGACUUACCACACUUGUGUGUGUUAGCAGUACCUAAUCCAGUUUCUGGAGGAAUCUCAGACUCACUCCCCUAUCCACUACCUCCCCCAGAGGACCUUAUGCACUCCCUACAAUCAAAUCCUCCUCGUUCAUCGAGUGUGAAGCCCUGUGGUUCUUCCAGUCCUCGGCAGGAAACGAUUGCUGAUCUCCCUAGUGGGCGCCUUUUGUGGACCCCGGGGGAAGUGAUAAAUGCUACCAAUGGUUUCAGUGAGGAGAACCGAAUUAAUGAAGGUAUUUUUGCUGAGGUCUACAAAGGUCAGAGACACAAUGCAGUAUACGUCAUUAAAAGGCUCAAAGAGCUGGAAUGUACAAGCCAGAAUUCAACACAAAGAUUCUUUCAUACAGAAGUACAGAUUUGCUUUCGGUGUUGUCACAUUAACAUUUUACAACUAGUGGGUUUCUCACUAGAAAGUGGAUAUCACUGUCUGAUAUACCCCUACAUGGAUAAUGGAUCACUUGAAAACAGACUACAGUGUCAGGUUGGUUCCAUGCCAUUAACAUGGGAGAAACGCAUCACAAUUUCUAUAGGACUUAUCCGAGCCAUUCAGUAUCUCCAUAACUUUGGGAUUCUGCAUGGGAAUGUCAAGAGCUCCAAUGUUUUGCUGGAUGAAAACUUCACACCAAAACUUGGACAUUCAGGUCUCCGACUGUAUUCUGUGGAAAAAAAAUCAGACUAUGCUAUGAUGAAAACCAAAGUUUUACAAGCUUCCCUCACUUACCUGCCAGAAGAUUUUGUCAGGCAUGGACAGCUAACACAAAAAAUUGACAUCUUUGGUUGUGGAAUAGUUUUAGCAGAGAUGCUGACGGGCACUAAGGCAAUGGAUGAAGGAAGAACCCCUAUUUAUCUGAAAGAUGUAAUUGCUGAUGAAAUCCAAACAGCAAAAGCAAGUUCAUGCUCCAAGCACAAAAUCGUUGAAAAUCUUGCUGCCAAGGAAAUAUGCUGUAAAUAUCUAGACAGGAAGGUGGGACACUUGCCAUCAGAAAUUGCUGUUCUCUUUGCCACUGCCAUCUGCCUUUGUCUGCGGAAAAAGAAUCCUGACCUAGCAGAGGUGCAUGAAAUGAUGAAAAUGGCUGAACAUAAAAUAAGAGAUCACAGCCUUCUUGAAGGCAGCACUUUUUCUGGAUUCUCCAUUAAUACCCCAGAAGAAACAGAUGACGAGACAGCUAGUCACAACUAUAGUUCUUCAGGUGAUAGCAAUGAGGACAGUGCAACAGCAAGGUCCCUGAAGUGUGCAAAUUCAUCCCCACCUUUACUAAGAGUCAUGCCACCUGAAAUGUACAAUGGACAGAUGUCACGGGUCCCUUGUGAAUCGGAUGAAUCGAGUAGUUUUGUAUGGGAUCCUGAGGAGGGUUCUGCAUAUGGCCCACCUAGCAGUGGCUGUACUGAUCCAGAAAUUGCCACAUCCUCUCAUUCCGGGAGAAAUGCUGAAAUAUGUACUGGUGGCUUCCAAGAAAAAAAUGUGGCAUCCAGUGAAAAUAAAAAGACUUUGGAAAUGGUAUCUCCUGCAGAAAGAAUGGUUUCUUCAACCAAUGCAAACCUUGACCCUUCAUGUUCUUCACAAGGAUUAGCCAAAGAAACCUCUUGGGAAAUAAAGAUCAAUGAUAAAAAAAAGAAGCUUAUGGAAAAUAUUUUACUAUAUGAAGAAGAAAAGUUAAACAGCUCUGAACUCUUUGAAUCUCAAACAUGA